UUUCAAGAACUGAUAUGAGAUAAUCCCACAGUUCCAUUGUCCUUUUUAGAGUCAAAACCUUCUGAGACCAGAGCUAAAGAAGAAGAUGUCGGCAAAGCUUUUGUACAACUUGUCAGAUGAGAAUCCAAAUCUGAAUAAACAGUUUGGAUGUAUGAAUGGGAUCUUUCAGGUGUUUUACCGGCAACAUUAUCCAGCGAGACGUGUUUCUGUCGCCGGAGAUGAGCUCAAGUCUUUGCCUUCAGGCAAAACAAGUGACAAUGUCGGUGUUACCAACGGUUCAACGGACAAGAAGGAAACGGAGAAGAGUAAGAAGAAGAAGGCUGCAAAGGAGAAACAGAAGGUUGUCUCCUCUGAAUCCUCCUCGAGGCUGUCCUUUUCUUCUUCACCAUGCUCCUCUAGCUUCUCGUCUGCAGAUAUCAGCACCACGACUUCUCAGUUUGAACAACCCAUGAGUAAUGGUGAGACUCCGGCAAGAGAACCGACCUACGGUUCGCCAAGGUGGGGCGGUUUAGUGAUGUCGAGUGAUUUAAGGGAGCUUGUGAGAAGCUCCAUUCAUAAAGAGACCAGAACCAGAGUUGAAGAAGAAGCCUUGUCUCAGCAGCCUAAAUCAGCCAGAGCUAACGUGUCCCUUCUCAAAGAACUAUCACCAUCUCGGAGUUCUAAUGAAUGGAGUGAAGGACGGAGAGUUGUGAAGCUGAAAGACAGUCCUCGGUUCUCUUACGACGAGAGGGAGGCAAGAAAGACAGGCGCCAAGUUCAAAGAGACACCGAGGUUGUCAUUAGACAGCAGAUCUAAUUCCUUUAGGAGCGCAAAGUCCAGUUGCUCACCAGAGCCGCAAGAGCUUGUAACGGGUCACAGAAGAACAACGUCGAGUGUUAUUGCCAAGUUAAUGGGUCUUGAUGUCGUUUCAGACGAGCCUGUUACUGAUCAGAGCAGAGAGAACCACUUCUGCGACUCUCCGAGGCCAGCUCCUAGAGUGGAAGCAGAUCUACCAAGAUCAAGAGGCUCUGACUCAUUCAAGAAGAUGAUGCCUGCUGCCAAGUUUCCUGCCAAAACAGCUCCAUGGACGCAAGCGGAUGGUGCCAGGAACCAAGUCAAAGCAGCGGACGCUGCUGCAACGCUGACGGUUUACGGUGAGAUACAGAAGAGGCUUUCGCAGCUUGAGUUCAAAAAGUCUGAGAAAGAUCUCAGAGCUCUACAGCAGAUACUCGAAGCAAUGGAGAAGACGCAGCAGUUGAUGAGCAAAGAUGAUGACAACAGUUCCUUGAGCUCAACCAACUUUAUGCAGCCAAGUCCAUCGUCCAAGAGUAUCAGAUCUUCCUCUAUCGUCGUUAUGAAAGCAGCAUCUGCUCCAGUUUUCAAAGAGACAGGCAGCUCUAGCUCCACCUCUUCCUCGCCGCGGAGUGUUGCUUUACCAAAUGUCAAGGUUUCAAACCAGAAGGGCACUACGAGGAAGCAGAGCGCCAUGGAUGUGACCCCAAGGCCUGCAACGAAAAACACUAGCACCAGACCGUUGCAGUCAAAGAUCGAGAUGGCCAAGUCAGGGAAGCCUAGUGUCAGCCCGAGAACACAGCCGAAGAAGCUCGGGUUCGAGAAGCAGUCUAGACCAACGUCUCCAAAACCAGAACCGAACAAGAACCAAAGACAACAACUUAGCAGGCAACAGACGGAAUCCCCCUCCCCAAGAAGAAAGCCAGGGAUGAAAUCUCGCGGCUUGCAGCAGUCAGAAGACCGUUCAAGUGAUGAAAGCAGUGACUUGAGGAGUCUAAGAUCUGACAGCAACGUAAGCUCGGCUUCUAACUUUGACAUUGAGGUUACAAGCAGACAUAAAUGUGACUUAACGGAGCAGCACACACCAAAACAAAGGAGUCCAGAACUUGGAAUGAGAUCUCUGCCAAAGCCUCUGAAGAUUACGGUGGAGCAGCCCAGCCCGGUUUCUAUUCUUGAUGUAGCCUUCGACGAUGAUGAGUCACCAUCCCCUGUAAGGAAGAUAUCCAUUGUCUUUAAAGACGACGAUCAUAUACGUUCUGAAGAGUCCCUGUGGAUGAAGAAGCACAACAACUUAUGUAGAUCGAUUGUGUGGCCUGAGAGUAACACGAGUCUAAAUCAGCCUGAUGCUGUACUUACUGAGAGUUUCAUGGAAGAAGGUGCAGACCUAAGAAAUGGUGACCGCAAGUACAUCUCAGAGAUACUGUCAGCAUCAGGGCUUCUUAAGGACAUCGACUACAGCAUGCUAAGCAUUCAGCUGCACCAAGCACACCUACCAAUCAAUCCGAGCCUUUUCUUUGUCCUGGAACAGAACAAGACAAGCAACGUCACACACAGAGGCAGAGGAUUCGGACAACAGACGGCGAACCUGAUAGGGAGAAGCAGGAGGAAGCUCGUGUUUGACACCGUCAACGAGAUCUUAGCUCGCAAAUUCGCAGCAGAAGGGUGUACCAAGCAGCCAUACAUAACAUCAUCCAUCAGCCCGCUAAUGAAAACAGACAAAAGCUCAAGAGGGAAAGAACUUCUGGAAGCUCUGUGUUCAGAGAUUGAUCGAUUACAAGAUAACUCAAACUGUAUUUUGGACGAGGAUGAUGAAGACCUCAUUUGGGAGGACCUGCAAAGCCAAGGCAUGAACUGGAAGGAGAUUGAAGGAGAGACACCGGGGUUAGUGUUAGACAUAGAGAGGCUAAUUUUCAAGGACUUGAUAAGUGAAGUCGUGACAAGUGAGGUUGCAGCGUUUCCAGGAAAUAAGCUCAGUGGGCAACCCAGGCAGCUUUUCCAUUGCUAAUAUUGCCUACGUAGAAGUGUAAGAAGGAUCUAAUAUCAUCAAUUUAAAGUGUAGAAAACAUGUGAUUUGUUGGUUCUCUGAACCCUUUCUUCUGAUCUUUUCCUAAUUGUUUAUGUAAAGAAUCAACUCAAGAUAAAAGGUACAUGAUGUGUAAUCCAUUAAGUAAACUACUCUCUC